AUGAAUAGGAUCGGUCCAGUUCCUAAUUGCGUUACUUUAGACACUGUUAUAAAUGGCUAUGGAGAAGUAGGCAAUGGGUUGAAAGCCUUUUCCUUGUUUGAUGAAAUGAUUAAGAUGGGUCACCACCCUAGUCAUUAUACAUAUGGGAAUUUACUGAAAGGACUCUGCCAAGGAGGACAUUUCAAAGCGGCUGUAAAAUUCUUGAGGAAUUUGCAAGUGGCAAUAAUCCUUUUGGAUGAGAUGAUCUCCAAUAACGUGCUCCCUGAUAGGUACACAUAUGCGAAUCUUCUUGCUGGAUUAUGUAGAAAGGGCAAGAUGGUUGCUGCAAUGCUACUGUUUGAAAAAGCAAUGGAAAGAUCUUUCUCUCCAAACCAUGUUAUGUAUACGUGCUUGAUCGAUGGGCUUUUCAAAGCAGGCCAGCCAAAGACUGCUGCUUAUUUUUUUGAAGAGAUGCUAAAGAAAGGUAUCAACCCUGAUACAGUUGUACUAAAUGUAAUUAUAGAUGGCUAUUCCAGAAUAGGGUGCAUAGAAAAGGUGAACAAUUACUUUUCUACGAUGAAAGGUGGAAGUUUAUGCCCUUGUUUGGCUACAUAUAAUAUUCUCCUACGUGGCUAUUCAAAACAACAGGAUAUACCAAGAUGCUUUGCAACAUACAAUACCUUUAUUAGGAAAGGUUUUGUUCCGAAUGAAUUGACAUGCCAUUCUCUAAUUCAUGGGCUUUGCGAGUCAAGUGUGCUGGACAUUGCCGUGAAAAUUUUGAGAAACAUGGUUAUGGAAGGUACAGCGGUUGAUAAGCAUACUUUUGACAUGCUAAUCACCAAAUGCAGCAGCAAUGGUGAGAUGGGAAAGGCCUUUGAUCUCUUAAAUACUAUGAAUUCUCUUGGAAUUUUGCCCGAUGGAGACACUUACGGUUCCAUACUUAAAAGGCAUCAACAGGACAUAUGA